UUCUAGAACGUUGUUUUGGCGGAUCGCGAACACAGUGAGUUGGCGUGGAGAGAGAUAUAUCAGCCAAACUAUUUCCGCCGGCGGUGCAUUGUCGCUUUGUGAGCAAAAGCAUUGUUUAUACUUUUGUUUCAGUGUUUUCGUAGGAUUCAAAACAACAGUUGUCCGAAAUUAUCAUGACGGCGAUUGGUAUCGACCUUGGCACGACAUACUCGUGCGUGGGCGUUUUCCAGCACGGGAAAGUUGAGAUCAUCGCAAACGACCAGGGCAACCGGACCACGCCCAGCUUUGUGGCAUUUACGGACACGGAGAGGCUUAUAGGGGAUGCCGCCAAGAACCAGGCAGUGAUGAACCCAAGCAACACCGUCUUCGACGCAAAACGCCUGAUAGGGCGGAAGUUUGACGACCUGUCCGUUCAGAGCGACAUGAAGAACUGGUCGUUCAAGGUAAUAAACAAGGGAGGUAAACCAAUGAUAGAGACGGAAUACAAGGGAGAAAAGAAAUUCUUCUCGGCGGAGGAAAUCAGUUCCAUGAUACUGACUAAAAUGAGGGAAACGGCGGAGGCAUUCCUUGGUAAGAAGAUAAAGGACGCUGUUGUCACUGUGCCGGCGUACUUUAACGACUCUCAACGUCAAGCUACCAAAGACGCGGGCGCAAUAUGUGGGCUCAAUGUUCUGAGAAUUAUAAACGAGCCCACGGCUGCUGCUUUAGCAUACGGACUGGACAAGAAUCUGUCCGGUGAAAAGAAUGUAUUGAUUUAUGAUCUCGGCGGAGGCACGUUUGACGUCUCCAUUUUGACGAUUGACGACGGCUCCAUGUUCGAGGUUCGCUCCACAGCCGGGGACACGCAUCUGGGAGGGGAGGAUUUCGACAACAGAAUGGUGAACCACUUUGUGCAGGAGUUUAAGAGAAAGAAUCAUAAGGAUCUGAGCAAAAACGCACGUGCUUUACGCCGCAUGCGGACCGCGUGCGAGCGCGCCAAACGCACGCUAUCGUGCAGUACGGAGGCAAGUAUUGAAAUCGAUUCGCUAUUCGAGGGGAUUGAUUUCUACACUAAAAUUACUCGAGCCAGGUUCGAGGAAUUAUGUUCAGAUCUAUUUCGCAGUACACUAGAACCGGUUGAGAAAGCGCUAAAUGACGCGAAAAUGGACAAACGUAAAAUAAAUGAUAUUGUUCUAGUUGGCGGUUCAACAAGAAUACCGAAGAUUCAGAAAUUGUUGCAAGACUUCAUGGAUGGACGAGAACUGAAUAAAUCUAUAAACCCUGAUGAGGCUGUAGCGUAUGGGGCCGCAAUCCAAGCGGCCGUUCUUUCAGGUGACAAGAGCGAGGCCAUCAAAGACGUUUUGCUUGUAGAUGUCGCGCCCUUGUCGUUAGGUAUAGAAACCGCCGGAGGUGUAAUGACGAAUCUCAUCGACAGGAACGCGCGUAUUCCCGCCAAAAUGUCUAAGGCAUUUACGACAUACGCCGACAACCAACCGGCAGUCACGAUUCAGGUGUACGAAGGUGAGCGGGCAAUGACCAAGGACAACAACCUGCUGGGUCGAUUCGAACUUUGCGGCAUUCCCCCAGCCCCUCGUGGCGUUCCACAGAUUGAGGUUACGUUCGACAUCGACGCUAACGGUAUUCUGAACGUUUCCGCUGAAGACAAAAGCACGGGCCGAUCAAACAAAAUCACAAUUACCAAUGACAAAGGACGCCUCACGAAAGCUGAAAUCGAUAAAAUGGUAAACGACGCGGAUAAAUAUAAAGCGGAAGACGAGGCGCAGAGAGAACGCGUAAAGGCGCGAAACCAGCUUGAGAACUACAUCUUUUCUCUUAAACAGGCGGCUGGCGACGCCGGUGACAAGCUUUCAGAGGACGACAAGCGGACAGUGACGUCGAAGUGCGAUGACGCUCUACGUUGGCUGGAUGACAACUGUCUGGCGGAUAAGGACGAGUUUGAACACAAGCAGCAGGAGCUGCAAGUCGCCUGUGGGCCUAUCAUGACUCGCCUUCACAAGGGCGCUAAUGAUGCCUCUUCCGGAAGUGGCCCAAAAGUAGAAGAGAUGGAUUAAAUGUGUUGUUUACAGUGUAUAAUUAAUAUUUAAAAUAUGUUUGGUCUGCGUUUUGCCAGAACUCUUCAUAAUAUGUGAUUUAUUAUAAGUUUUGUUGCAUUCUUUUACACCCUUUAUAUUGGGAACAUAUGCUGAAAUAUGCUGCAAGCACUAAGGAGUAAGGACUGAUCUUUCAAACGUUGUAACAAUUGCGAAGACGGUCUAAGAUGUUUUGGUUUUGGAUCAAAUUUAUUCUAACACAUAUUUAUGUAUAUACAUUAUAGAAUAUCAGUUGCUCUGGUGAUGGAACGGAAAUGAAGAAAAAAAAACAUACAAUAAGUAUUCAUCUAAAAUGUGAGUUAUCUGCAUCAGUGAGAUUUUAUGUUUGCAUUCACGAAUAUGUGUUUACAUUACGAAUAGGAUAUUAUUAACAGACCUAUUGAAUGCUUUUUGCCUAACUACAGUUUGUAUCUGAAUGCAAACAUUAACAUUAAACGUUAAUAUUCAAUCGUUGAGACAUAGUGUUACUGAUUUUGAGUUUGCUUGAUGUAUCUAAAUGUAUAAGUCGAAUUCAUUUGUAAGUGAUCACAAGCAGAUUUAUUUAAUUAAAGUCGGCAUUUCA